CACUUGCACUUGCCUAGUUUGAUUCUCAGGCUCCCAGAGCCCCAACUAGGGGUCACCCUUGAGCACAAAACCAGGAAUAGCUCCUGAGCACCACGAAUGUGGCACAAAAACAAAAUAAUAAAAUUUACUCACUGCCUCAUCACUGUAGUCUAUCAAAUGACUCCAACCAGUGGGUAAAGAAAGGAUGACUUUGCUCUCCGGACAGGACUGUUGUGAAAGAAGGAUAUGUGUUUGUGCAAGUCUUUGGGGUGAGAGAACCACCUAGAAUGUCCCUGCCAAACCAGUCCACAGAAGGCCUCCCAGAGGCUUCCAACAAAUCUCUCAGCACUAAGGGAACUCCCGAGGCUUGGGAUCCAAGGACCCUCCAGGCCCUCCAGAUCUCUCUUGCUGUGGUUCUAUCCAUCAUCACAUUGGCCACAGUCCUGUCCAAUGCCUUUGUGCUUACUACCAUCUUCCUCACCAGGAAGCUCCAUACCCCUGCCAACUAUCUCAUUGGUUCCCUCGCCACAACUGACCUCUUAGUUUCCAUCUUGGUUAUGCCCAUCAGCAUAGCCUAUACCACCACCGGCACUUGGAGCUUUGGUCAAAUCCUGUGUGACAUCUGGCUAUCUUCUGAUAUUACGUGCUGUACAGCCUCCAUCCUACAUCUCUGUGUCAUUGCUCUGGACAGGUAUUGGGCCAUCACCGAUGCCCUGGAGUAUAGUAAGCGCCGGACUGCAGGCCAUGCAGCUGCCAUGAUCGCCGUGGUCUGGAUUAUCUCCAUCUGCAUUUCUAUUCCUCCCCUCUUCUGGAGGCAGGCCAAAGCUCACGAAGAGAUCUCUGACUGUCUGGUGAACACCUCUCAGAUCUCCUACACCAUCUACUCCACAUGCGGGGCCUUCUACAUCCCGUCUGUGUUGCUCAUCAUCCUCUAUGGCCGUAUCUACAUGGCUGUCCGGAACCGCAUCCUGAAUCCACCAUCACUCUACGGGAAGCGCUUCACCACUGCCCAGCUCAUUACUGGCUCGGCAGGCUCCUCGCUCUGCUCACUCCACUCCAGCCUUCAUGAGGGUCACUCCCAUUCUGCUGGCUCCCCUCUCUUUUUCAACCAUGUGAAGAUCAAACUAGCUGAUAGCGUCCUGGAGCGCAAGAGAAUUUCGGCUGCACGUGAGAGGAAAGCCACUAAAACACUGGGCAUCAUCCUGGGGGCCUUUAUCGUCUGCUGGUUGCCCUUCUUUGUGGUAUCCCUGGUCCUCCCCAUUUGUAGGGACUCCUGCUGGAUCCACCCAGCUCUUUUUGACUUUUUCACCUGGCUAGGCUAUUUAAAUUCCCUUAUCAAUCCUAUAAUCUAUACUGUGUUUAAUGAAGAAUUUCGACAAGCCUUCCAGAAGAUGAUUCAUUUCCGGAAAGUUUCCUAAUAUUAUUUGGUGGUGACUUUUAGAUUUUUUGUCCUGUCAUUCAUUGAGAUUUAUCUUUUCUUUUCUUUUUCUUUUCUUUUUUUUUUUUUUUUUUUGUUUUUUGGUUUUGGGCUUGUGAUUUUAUUUUUUACUUUUCUUGAUAUUUGGAUUAAUCCCAAUAUUUUAUUGGGUUUGGUUUCAGUCAAUGGAAUUAUUUAGCAUUAUUUUUCUCACUGUCUUCUUGACCUUUGAGCCACCAAAAGUUGAGCUGCUGUGUGAAAGGGGACAAGAGGCAGAUUCUUCUUGAUCCAUCAUGUUGGAAGAAAUGUGAUCCACAAAAUAGGCUAUUGAUGUUCUUUCAUACAGGAGACUGUAUAGAAAAAUCUUAACUCGUAGAAGAGGUUUCCUGAUCUACCUAAAUUCUAUAUAGAGCUCAAAGGAUUGUAGAUGAGAAUAAAAUGGCCUAAAAUGGGCUAAAAGAGUAUAUGAGGGCUGGAGUGAUAGCACAUCAGGGCAUUUGUUUUGCACCUGGCUGACCUAGGACCAAUCCGGGUUCCUAUUUGGUGCCCCAAAUCUGCUAGGAGUGAUUUCUGAGCACAGACCCGGAGUAACCCCUGUGUGCCACCAGGUAUGGCCAAACUCCACUCCCAAAAUAAAAGAUAAUGUGGAAUCAGGAUGGAGGGAUCUCAGGUCCAUGCAGCACCUUAAUUACAAAAUAGCACCCAGUAUUAUUUUUUUCCUUAGUCAUUUCUUGAAUGAAAUAUCUCCAUGAGAUUCAUGAGAGAUGCAGUAUUGGAGAUGCCAACAAAUUAGAGUGACAGAGAUUGAGAACAUGAGGCGGGGAGUGGGCCAGAUCCACUAUCCUGACUCUUUCUUCUACCCCAAUAUCUCUGCAUCAUCUUAAUGUGCUAAAACCACAUUUAAGAAACCUGGGGUCUAUCCCCAGUGGCAUGCACACACAUACCACCAUCACUCUCAUUAAAACAAACUGACAAACUUGAACUUGCCAACUUUGAAUGGAGCAUCAUUCUGAGGUAUUUAUUGUUGUUGCUGUUGUUAUUGUUGUUGUUUUUAGGAUUUUUUUUACAUAGUAUUCUCAUUUGAAAUUUUAAGAUGUUGGGUGUUGUCAAUUAAAAGCAUGGAAUGUCAUGAUCAAUAAAGUCUUUGAGUAGUUAU